AUGACAACUGUUUUGAUUCCACCAGAAGCAAAAACGAUUGACAAAUGGGCUUUUAGAAAUUACACAUUUGAGUCAUUAAUAAUCCCAAAUCAUAUUCAGUCAAUUGAAGAAUAUGCUUUUAAUGAUUGUACGAACUUAAAAAGUGUUGUUAUUCCAGACUCUGUGACUUCGAUUGGAAAAAAUGCAUUUGAUGGGUGUCCACUCACUUCCAUUGUUCUUUCAAAAAAUUUAACUUCGUUAUCUAAUGGAGUAUUUUGUGGAAACCAAUUGGUUUCUUUUACUAUUCCUGAUACCAUUCUGAGUCUUGGGACAAAUGUAUUUUACUCAAAUAACUUUCUUUCUCGAGAUAUUAUUAUUGGAUCACAAAAUCUAAACAUUAACGGAUUAACAUCAAUUGAAAUGUCUGAUAACGUUACCCGAAUUGGGCCAAAUGCUUUUAGUUUAUUAGACAAACUAAUUCACAUCAAAUUGUCAAGUAAAUUAACAGAGCUUCCCGAUUGCACGUUCAUUGACGACCAAAGUUUACAAUGUGUUGAUAUUCCAAAUUGUGUUACUAAAAUUGGACAGAGAUGUUUUGAAAAUUGUCCUCUUGAUAAAAACAAAGUGUUUAUAUUACACAAAAACAUUGAAAUAAUUGAUAAAAACGCUUUUAAUAAUUGCAAAUUUAAAGAAGUUGUUAUUGAAGGAAAGAUCAAAGAAAUUUCAGAUAAUACAUUUACAAACUGUUUAUCUCUUUCUAAAAUUACUCUUCCCGAAACGGUGACAAAAUUUGGGGACUACUCAUUUGAAAAUUGUGGGUUUGAUCAAGUCUUUUUUAUGAAAAAUUUAAAAGAAUUUGGGUUUGGAGUCUUUUCUAAUAACAAAAAAAUUAGUGAACUUGUUUGGGAUGAGAAUUUUAGACAAAUUCCAGACAGUUUUGUAAAAGGCUGUGUAAAUAUCACCAAAAUAGUUAUAUCAAGUACAGUCACUGCAAUUGGACAAUGUGCAUUUUAUAAUUGUAAAUCGCUUAUAAGACUUGAGUUUCCGAAUUCGGUUGUUAAAUUUGGAAAUUAUGUUUGUAAGAAUUGUGAGCAUUUAAAAAAUGAAUGUUCUUAUUGUGCCAAAUUAAGUAAAAUCAGAAAUAUUGAAAAUAUCACAGAAGUCGAGCAAAAAGGUUUCAAUAGAACAAGUAGUCUCUUUGCACAUGGAAUUCCAAAUACAUUAAAGAAAAUUGGUUCUCAAGUUUUUUCUAGUUGCGGCAUUAAACAAUUUGUUUUUCCAAAUAUAGAAAUAUAUGACCAUGCUUUUUCUGGCAACUCCAAACUAACAAAAGUAGUUUUUUCAGAAGGGGUAAAAACACUACCAAAUGGUUGUUUUAAUGAAUGCCCAAAUCUUAAAAUUGUUGAAAUACCAAACAGUGUUGAAUCGAUUGGAGAUGAAUGUUUCAGUAAAUGUUCAAGUCUUGAAGAAAUUACAAUUCCAAACGAUGUCAAAACUCUUGGAAAUUAUUGCUUCAAUGACUGUAAGAACUUGAAAAGUGUUAUUAAAAACGAGAAAUUAAUUUAUGAUCGAAACGUGUUUUCUGAAUGUUUAAAACUGACAACCGAAAAAGUUGUUAAAAAAGAAAAUCUAAUUAUUGGGACUGUUGCCGACAUUCCAUUUGGAUUUAGAGCAAUUGAAAACAGUGCAUUUGAAGACAAUAAUAAAUUAGAAGAAGUUAUAAUGCCAGACACAAUUAAUUACCUUGGAGAAAAUUGUUUUAAAAACUGCACUAAAUUAACAAAAGUUGUUAUUUCUAAAAACCUAAAAAAAUUGAAUGUCGAGGAUUUUGCGGGGGGUGUUAGUCUUAAGGAAAUUGUACUUCCAGACGACCUAAAAACUAUUGAAAAGGCUGUUUUUGUGGAUGUAUUAAUCUCUCGAAAAUACGAAGUUGAUACACUCAAACAACGCGUUUUUGAGAAUUGUGAAAAGCUUGAAAUUGUUGUCCUUCCAGAUAAUUUGAACGACAUAAAAGAUUCGGCGUUUACUAACUGCAAAAGUUUGAAAGAAUUGGUUUUUCCUCUACAUCUAAAAUUUGUUGGAAAAAAGUGUUUCCAAAAAUGUGAAAAACUCGAAAGGGUUGUGUUUAAUAAAGAAUUGUAUUCAAUGGGGAAUCUCAUGUUUGGUGGUUGUAUUAGUUUGAAAGAGGUUGUUAUUGAUAACAUCGAUGUUCCGUUUAGAUGUUUUGAUGGAUGCACUAAUCUUGAAAAGGUAGAAUUUAAAAUCAAUGUUAAAGUCUUGAAUAAAUGGUGUUUCAGAAAUUGCAAAGCGUUAAAAGAAAUCACAUUACCAAAGACUUUAAAGUUUGUUGACGAACAGAAUGUUUUCGUGGGAUGUGAUAAUUUAGAAAAAAUCAUAUACUCUGAAAACAGUUAA